GAACCAUUGACAAAUUACAUCCAUCUGUCUCUCUGAUUCAUCCGUACACCUCAUCCACUUCUCCAGUCUCCCAACAACCAGCUCCUGAUCCUGUCACAGGUGGUGAGGUGCUGAACAAAGAUUGGUGAAGUGUAGGCCUAUUCGAUCUGGAGUAGAAGCAGAUAUGUCACAGAUGAGUUGCAGACUCACUCGUUUUUUUUUCUUUUUUACCCUCAUCCAAUUAGCACAUUUCCAAGUGUUCUUUCUACGCCCGAAAAGAGACACAUUUUCAUAAUGUAGAGUGAAGUCUUUCAGUGGUAGCCUACACCUAUACUUCUCAUCAACUCGCAUGCCAGAGAGUUUUCCAUGAUGAUGAGUAUGAACAACUCAGGCAAGGAAUCCAAGUGGAAUCAUGGGGAGAGCUGCACUGAAGCAUCGUCAGCCCCAGUAGGCCUAUGACCCUCUGUGUCAUUGAACUUUUGAAGCGUUUGCAUUAAGAAAGAUUCCUCCAUCUCAUGUACUGUAUCUCUCAUUCAUGUCUUAGGAUAGCCUAGGCCUAUAUGUUUGACUCACUCUUUUUGAUUUGAGGAUAUGAGGGUAUCUUCAGACAAUUAAUGUGAAGCAACAAAAAGUGAUAUUGCAUGAAUUUCAUUUUAGAACAAAACAUCUGCUGUUCUGUAAUUAAUUAGCACGGCCUACCUGUGAUUUUUUCACAAAUUCCCAAAAAUCAGGCUAGUUAUUUCCAGCUGGACGUACAGUUCAAUGUGAUUCUUCAUGUGUAGGGACUGUUCAUCCAUGUUUUCAACCGAGAGGAAAUAAAGUUGAGACAGGAUUCAUAUCAGUGAGGAGCAGGAAAGAAACUAAUCCCGUUUGUGAAAAUGCCAAGAGACCGUGUGAUCCUGUGAAUCUUAAUGUCGUGUGUUUGUUUGUGUGUGUGUCUGUGCGUGCGUAUAGGCUACCUAACCUUUCAUACAUUUGUUUAUUCAGUCUUCCAUUCAUAACUUGUUUGUUCGCUAAAAGUGUCCUUGUAGUCCUCACUCCCGUCCAGUUGGUGGCGAUAAUGCUCUGAAGUGGUUUGUUGUUGUAGUGAUAUAACACGGUACGCAAAGAACAGCGACCGGCGUGUGCCCAGUUCCUUCACUCAUCAUGGAUCUCCCUCAUUCCACGUGUGGAAACGUCAACACAUCUGUGCCACAGAAGCUCAGUGGCAGAAUAUUCAACGGGUUCUCAUUCCCUCUCCCCCGCGUGCAAGCAGCUGAAAGUGCCCAUGAGGCCACAAUCUUAGGCAAACCAGAGCUUCCUGACGGGGGCUGGGACCGCAUCAAAGACCUCUUUGAUACCAGCGAUGGCGGGAUAUAUUCGGAGGAGGUGAGCAACGUGGCGAAGAGCAGCCUGAUGGCAGCGCUGGUUGGGAUGAUGUACGGAGGGAUGCCUGCAGCUCGACACGCACGCCAGCGAUUCAUCCAGCUCAACCAGGCUGAGGUGUUCAGAACCCAAAUCGAAGCUGUGCGGGCAUCCCAUAAUGCUGCGAUUAGGGGAUUCCUGCGUUAUGGCUGGAGAUGGAGCUGGAGGGUAGCGGCUUUUGUUACGCUCUUCAACACUGUGAGCACAGGCCUGUGUGUGUACACGGACCAAAAUUCUCUUGGUUACUAUGGUGUAGCUGGAGCUGUGACGGGAGGAUUGUUUAGGUUCAGUCUAGGUCCAGUGGGGAUGCUGGCUGGAUCAGUCAUUGGUGGACUGCUAGGGUUGCCGGCCGGGGCGCUGAUCGGGAUUGCGCAGAAGGCUGCCGGGGAGACGCUUCGAGAGAAGAGGAGGAGAGAGCGCAGGGAGCUCUAUGACCUCAAGGUGGCAGAGUGGUCUGCUCGGCUCCAGCUCACAGAGAAUUUGGUCAACGAUAUGAGUGAACAUGUGAUGGACCCAAUCACUGACCAGAAGAGGAUUGACGAAUUACUAAGCCUCCCCAGGAAUGAACCUGCAGCCCCCGAACCCACGGGCCAAUGAGUAUGGCCACGGGUAACUUCUUACCGACCGCAUAAAAACGUCCGAGAAGAGGCUUCAUUCAUCAUGUGGAAACAAACAUGCAAUAUUUUUGAGCCGUGUCUGAGACGGACUAAGGGAAGAGAACUCACACAGAGACCCUAAACGACGUUCACGGAUGUGACGUGCACGGCUCGUUCUAAACCUCCUCUCACAUAUCAAGGCCACAGGACUGUCCUUGUCCACUCAACUGCGCUGUGCCUCAGUGCUUGUAAAGGUGACCGUGUGAAAUGAACAUGGUCAGUGUGAGGAGAGAUCACCUGUCCUGUCACUGUCCUUUUUCUCAUCUGAAAUGCCACUAGUCUGAUGUGUUUUUAAAAUUUGAAGAGGACUAAAGAAUGAUUGAGCUCGGUCAGAUGCGUGAAUGAACAGAGUAUUUUGGCAGUAAUACAUUACACAUGCCCAGAACAUACAUGCAAAUAAAUGAUUUGUUUGAAAUA